AUGGGUUUCGAGAAGAUAGAAGUAGAGUGUGAUACAGAUCAGAUAAUCCAAGAAAUCAAGCAAGAGGCUAGAAUUAAGGGCAGUUACUUGAUCUCUAGAAAACUGAAGGACCUUCUUAAGUUGCAAUGGCAGGUUGAAUUUAAUCACGUCUUCAGAGAGGGAAAUCAGGUCGCCGAUAAGCUUGCAGCGAUGAGUCAUGAGAUGAAAGCAAGACGCCUUACUUGGGCGGCCCCACCUGGCUGGAUUGAAGAACUCGUCAAGAUGGAUGCGUCUGGCUUUGAAACCCUGAGAAGAAUAGUUGUCAGGUAA